AUGUCGGGCCUUGACCCCUCCAUAGUGCAGCAUCACCUGCCCAUUUUACCACAUGCUAGGCCCGUUAAGCAGAAAUUGAGGAGACUACACCCUCGAUGGAGUUUGCAGGUUAAGGAAGAAAUUCGGAAGCAACUCAGUGUUGGCUUCUUGUCAAUGGUUGAGUAUCCUGAGUGGCUGGCUAAUGUCGUCCCUUGCACCUUUGGGGUGGCUUCUAGAAAAUUGUUGGGACGCAUUGUUAGUGAGCGAGGUAUAGAGAUUGAUCCAGAGAAAAUCAGAGCCAUACUUGAUAUGCCUGCCCCGAGGACUGAGAAAGAGAUCAGGGGAUUCCUAGGCAGAUUGCAGUACAUCAGUGGUUUCAUUGCUAGACUAACAGACAUUUGUGAGCCUAUCUUCUACCUUCUGAGGAAGAAUCAGCCUACAGUUUGGAGUGAUGAUUGUUUGGAGACUGCACUUGAUCUUGGCAUUAGACAGUUGGAGAUCCACGGGGAUUCCAAUUUGGUUAUACAGCAAACUCAGGGUAUUUGGAGGACUCGGGAUGAGAAGCUAAAACCCUACCAUGCUUACUUGGACCUGUUGAUUGAUGGAUUUGAUGUGUUAAGGUAUAUACAUCUGCCCAGGGCGGAGAAUCAGUUUGCCGAUGCAUUAGCCACCUUGGCUUCUAUGAUUGUGAUCCCCGCAGGGGUGACUGUUAGGCCAUUGCUGAUUGAAACUAGGUCUGCACCAGCUUACUAUUGUCUAAUUGGAGAGAUAGAGGAUCAGAUUGAGUUGCCAUGGUAUCACGAUAUUUAUCAGUUUCUGUCAUGUGGCACUUACCCAGAGUCAACCUCGGCCAAGGAUAGGAGAGCAUUGAGACAGUUGGUCACCAGAUUUGUUAUUUGCGGGGAUGCACUGUAUAGGAGAUCACCUGAUGGCCUGUUAUUAUUAUGUCUAGACCGUACAUCUACAGAUCGAGUGAUGAGAGAGGUUCAUGCAAGGGUUUGUGGCCCACACAUGGGAGGUCAUAUGCUAGCGCUAUGGGGUGUUGAUAUUAUUGGGAAGAUCUCGCCCAAGUCCUCUAGUGGUCAUGAGUACAUCUUAGUAGCCAUUGACUAUUUCACUAAGUGGGUGGAAGCCGCUUCCUAUGCUAAAUUGACAGUGGCCAGGGUGGCCAAAUUCAUCAGAUCGCACAUUAUCUGCCGAUACGGGGUCCCUCAAGAGCUGAUUUCUGAUAGAGGGGUGCAUUUCAGGGGCGAGGUGGACACUUUGAUUCAGGAGUAUGAAAAGCUUCCUUUCGCAUUGUGGGCUUAUCGUACAUCUUUUCGUACCUCUACUGGAGCUACCCCAUAUUCUUUGGUGUAUGGUAUGGAGGUAGUGUUACCUGUUGAGAUUGAGAUGAGAUCUUUAAGAGUAGCACUAGAGGAACAUGUAUCCGAGGCCGAGUGGGCCCAGUCUCGUUACGAUCAGCUUAGCCUGUUGGAUGAGAAGAGAUUGAGGGCAGCAGAUCAUGCUCAGGCCAAUCAGACGAAGAUGACCCGUGCAUUCAGAAAGAGGGUUAGGCCUAGGAAAUUCCAAAGAGGUGACCUAGUCUUGAAAGUCCUUAGGGGAUUGAUCAGCGACCCUAGAGGCAAGUUUAGACCGAGUUGGAGCGGGCCUUAUGUCAUCCGAGAUCUGACUCGAGAGGGAGCUGCCUGGUUGACAGACCUAGACGGAAAUCAGUUCACAGAGCCAGUCAAUGUGGAUUAG